ACAGAAGAACAAAGGAAAGAUAAAAAGAAAGGAAAGUGUGAGAGGCGUCAUCAGAGGGUGUGAGAUGAACCAACCCAGCAGCAAGAAAUGAUUAAGAGGCAAGAGGCAAAUCUGCGACAGUGCAUUGUUUUAGCGGGAACUGUGCAGUAUUUUCCUCGUUUUUUUCCCUCUGAGCAGCACAGUGCAUCUUCAGAAAUUUAUUUUUGCGUCCGUCCUCCAAAUCUGGCGAUGGUGAUGGGGGACUCGGACGGGACUGGGACCCCCACACACCCAGCACGGCUGGCCAGCUCCUCUCCUCCUCCUCCUCCGCCUCCCACGUCCGUCGUAAUAAAUCGCCCCGUCGUCUCCAAUUCCCCCCCUCCUCUCCUUUCUCCCCGCCCGCGUGAGAUCGGCUCGAAUCCAAUCCUCUCCAAUAAUACGCACCGGCACCCAUUUGCGCCAUGCUGCCGCGGCCGGCCACCACGACGAGCCAAGAACACGCGCGGCAUCCCUGAGCCACCCACCCAGGCUUACCAAAACGGAUUCCUUUUCCCUCUUGGAUCCCAGCCGCUCCCAAGCGUGCGCGCGAAUUCUCUGCUUGCCUCGCCCAGGUGAGCUUCUCCCCCCACCCCCCACCCCUGCCAUCAGUUUCUUCCUUUUCUAAUCCCUCAUUAUUCCCCCUCUACCAUCAUCAAUCAAUCUAUUGGUUUCGACGAGAUAUGUGGUGGUGAAUUCGGCGGGUCUUGAGAGGGGGAAGGGAUUUUUAAAAAAAAAACCCUGAAAUUUUGUCAGCGGUUCCUUGGCCUGGCUGCCCGCUUUAAUAAUGGCCGCGCGGCUGGUUGGCUUGCCAGGCCAGAUGCAUUGCUCAGGAGGCAGGAGCGCUUGGGCCGUGCGAGCUGCGGGAUUUGGGAGAUGCGUGCAGUUGAAUGCGUGGGAUUCGCCGUGAUUUGUUUAUGCUGAUCGCCCUCUCCUCCCGACCCGUGCUCCCUCCGCGUCCGCUCUCUCCCUUUUUCUCGUCCCCAGUUGCCGCCGAGCCAAUUCAGCGCCGCUUUACUGUUAUAUAAGCCGCGCCUCCGCACCGGACCAGGGCUCUGAGAUGUGUUUAUCUUUCUCUCCUCGCAGCGCCGUGUGCUCUUGUGCUGAAGAUCCAUCCCAUCCAUGGAAGGGUGCCAACUGCUAGUAGGCUGUAGGAUGGAGAUGGAGGAGGAAGCGUUCUUUGACUCGCGAGAGGAGCUCACGGCGUCGCCGGCGCCCAGCCCGGGCCCUGCAUUGCCGUGGUCGGGAAGCCUCGACAGUGUGUGUCAGAGGAGGGAGCGGUUCAUGAGAAGCAUGGGCCUAGAGUGCUGCCCGGCUCCCCUGCAGGCCGAUGCCGUGGCCACCGUGGGCGAUGUCGACAAGGAGGAAGAGGCUGUGCCGGAAUUUGGGAGAUCGUGGUCGCAGUCGGAUGAGAACGACUGCUCCAUGUCGAGUUGGUCCACGGAGGAGACGAAGAGCUUAGAGGAUGGUGUCUCGGAUGACAAUUCUGUCAGUGGAUCCAGCCGGGAUGAUGCUAGCAGCAAGGUGAGCAGGAGUUUCAGUUCGUUGUCCUUCAUCCAGAGGCUCAUGAGCCGCAGUGGUAAGCUCUCUGGUGUUCCCAAGGCGGUCGAGAGGAGGAGAAACGGAUGGCUUCGGAGGCUGGGCUUGAGGUCUGGUAUCCUCGAUCAUGGAGGCGAUGAGGCUAGCACCAGCUCCUCAGAGAGUGAGCAAAACAGGGGUGGAAGGUAUGAAAGGGUCAAGGUCCGCAGCUACAGGAAGCGGUCGAAAGAACUGUCAGCAGUUUAUCAAGGCCAAGUGAUUAAGGGCCAUGAUGGUGCCAUCCUGGCUAUGAAGUUUAGUCCGGAUGGGCAGUUUCUUGCUACUGGAGGGGAAGAUGGAGUUGUCAGGGUCUGGGGCGUCGCGCAGUCUGAGGACUGCAAAAUCCCAAUGGAUGAUCCUUCUUGUGUUUACCUCAAAGCUCAUCGCCAGAGUGGCUUGGGUCCUGUUGAUGCUGACAAUGAGAAGAAAUGCAAAGUUAAGGGCGUGAAGCAAUCUGCAGAUUCUGCCUGUGUUGUGAUUCCAACAGUGGUGUUCCAGAUCUCAAAGCAACCACUGCAUGAGUUCCGUGGUCACUCUGGUGACGUACUGAGUCUGUCAUGGUCUAACAACAAGCAUCUACUGUCAGCAUCAACAGACAAAUCUGUUCGCUUGUGGGAAAUUGGAUCUGCAAACUGCAUCACUGUUUUUCCGCACAGCAACUUUGUGACUUGUGUCCAGUUGAAUCCAACCAAUGAGAAUCAAUUCAUCAGUGGAUCCAUAGAUGGCAAAAUCCGUGUGUGGGAUAUUCCCAGAUGCAGUGUCAUUGAUUGGGUGGAUAUUAGAGACAUAAUAACAGCGGUUUGCUAUCGACCUGACGGAAAGGGAGCAGUGGUCGGAACCAUUACUGGAAAUUGUCGAUUUUAUGAUGCAUCAGAUAAUCUCCUGAGGUUUGAAACACAAGUUGCACUCAGUGGCAAGAAAAAGUCUUCUCUUAAAAGAAUCACUGCUUUCGAGUUCUCACCAAGCAACCCAAGUAAAUUAAUGGUUACCUCUGCUGACUCGAAGGUUAAAAUUCUUGAAGGAACCACUGUGACUCAGAAUUAUAGUGGACUCCGUACUGGGUCUUGCCAGUCCUUGGCAACAUUCACUCCUGAUGGGCAGCAUAUAGUUUGUGCAAGCGAAGACUCCAAUAUUUAUGUAUGGAACCAUGAAAACCAAGACGAGGCUUCACUGAAACAUGCGAAAACCAUAUGGUCCUCAGAGCGCUUCUACUCCAACAAUGCAGCCAUCGCAAUACCAUGGAAUGGCCCGAAACCCAGAAACCCGGUCUCUCUGGCCUCCCAAAUCUUGUCACCACAAGGAGAUAACUUGUGGUGCAUGAGUAAGGCUGUCAAGUGCAGUUCGAGUCAGAGCGAAGAUUCUGCUAUCAACAGUUUUGUGUCAAGGUUUGCUCCUGGUAUUUUCAAUUUGAAUCAGGAGUUCUCCUCUGAGUCCACUUGCAGAAGUUCAGCGACCUGGCCAGAGGAAAUCCUGCCGUCUCGCUCGAUUCGUGCAAUUCUGGACGAGUCGCAGUACAAGUUCCUAAGGAACUGUUUCCAGAGCACACCAAACUCGUGGGGUCAAGUGAUAGUCACUGCAGGAUGGGAUGGCAAGAUCAGGUCGUUCCAGAACUAUGGCUUACCGGCGCACCAGUGAACAACAGCUGGAGCAUCUGCUGAAACUACACCGGCAGUUUUGGCACCUCACAUGGCGUGUGGUUUGUUGGUACAAGACAUCACAUGCUCAGUGCUCCUCCUGCUGAAUUGUACAUGGACCAGUGUUGUACAUAAUCAACCUGGUGGUCCUUUGAGAUCUCCGCGUCAGCGGUUGUUCAUGGCAGGACCCGUGGAUUGUACCUUUUUGUAGAAAUUUUUUGUGUGUAGAUCAGAUCUGACUCUCUCCCUUUGCCCCCCCUUAUCAAUUGCUCAUUGAUAUAUAUACUACAGAAAUGUUAGUCUCAGCUGAGUGUAAGUUCCCCUCCCAUUGUAUUGCGGGAACAGCCAGAUAUAUAUAUGUGCCACUCAAGUAUACAAAAUUCUUUCAUUUUUUUUUGAA